AAUGUUCGCGCUGCACAUUGUUCGUCCGAGAGUCCGAUUACGUAAAAUCAUCGAUAAGAUGCUCCGACUCGAGUCAGUGAAUGGAGGACGUGAAUUGGAUGCUCUAAACAAACGGACGACAUGAUAACUGACUUCAGUUCUACGGUGGCGUGUAUGUACAUAUGUUACUCACGUGGCAAGACAUUACAUUGUUGGAGCGGUCCACGUGAGCGGAUAAGAAGCUAUUUGAACAAUAAUCGCAAUCUCAAAUAUCACUGAUUUAUCAAUAAAUGAUCUAGUUUACCAAUGAAUGACCUUCCGCGAAAGAAAACAGCAAAUUUAUCGGAAUUUCAGUGAAAAAAAAUAGUAGUGCAGCUACUUCGGAUCAAUAACGUAUUUCGUUUCAUCUAAAAAAAUUUAACUCUUUGUACAAAAUAAUUUGGAUCUGAUACAAUGAUACGUGAUAAAUAAUUUUGAUAAAUAAUUUAUAUUAUUGAAUAAACCGGAGCGAUCAAAUCUCAAUUCUUUGCAAUACCUCUCAGUAACAAUUCUGUAAUGCAAGACAUCAAAUUUUUAACAUCCAAAUUGCAUCAUCUGUUAUCUGUGCUAACAUAAAUAAGGCUAUCAGCAUAAAUUAAUAACUAGCUCAGUGAAUUGCGAAACCUGUGCGUAUUUGCAGUAAAAUAGCGGACUAUCCAAGAACAAUGAAUACGUAAGAGAAUUCAGACGUAUAAAGAAAUUCAUUCAUUUGCAUUGAAGUUUUUUAAUUAAAAAAGAAAAAAAAAGAAUGGAGAAACCGAUAGCGACUAACAGUGAUAUCAAAACUAAUGAGGCGACACCACGGAUAGAACCUUCCCAUACGAACAGGAUAUAUACAAAAUAUUUCGGAUGGAUAAAACAUGUAUCAGUAGAGCCGACUAUGUGGCUCUACAUGAUGGCAUUUAUGUUCACAUCGGUCAUAGAGCAAGACUUGUUUAGAUAUAAAGCGUGUCGAGUGGAUCAUGGUUGCUCUGAAGAAAUUUGUAGACACCUAAGUGAUGAUGAUAAUAAAGAAAUAAAGACCAAAGUACAGAUGACUGUCUCAGAAUUUCAUCAAUGGAAUGACAUUGCCGGACACGUAGUGCCUAUUAUCUUGGCGAUGUUCUAUGGCAACUGGAGUGAUCGGCGUGGACGUAAAUUGCCGCUCGUCCUUGGUCUAAUGGGCAAAUUUAUUUAUUCCUUCAUGAUCGUAAUCAAUUCCUUGAUAGACACUUGGAAUCUGAAUAUGGUGGUGUACACAGCAACUCUGCCAAUGAGCAUUCUGGGCAGCGAUGUCGCGAUCUUCGGCAGCAGUUUCGCGUACAUAUCGGACAUAAGCUCCGUGCAACAGAGAACCAUGAGAAUCACGAUUUUGGAUGUCAUUUAUCUUAGUACUAUGCCUACAGGAGUUGCACUUGGAUCGUACGUAUUUACACAUUUGGUCAAUAUGUCCUACGCGAUUAUGUUUGCUGUAAACGCGAGUUUGCUUUUAAUAGCGAUUAUAUAUUCGCUUGUGUGGCUCAAAUGGCAAACAUCACCAAGGCAGCAACCGCUUUCAGGUAAUAAUUGGCUGCUAGACUUCUUCGACAGGCGACAUAUCGCUACGACAAUACGAACAUUGUUGAAGUCGAGACUCAAUCAUGGUAAAUUACACCUGUGGUUGCUUCUACUGGCGAUGUGUCUAUAUACAUUCCAAAGAGAUGAAAAAGCCAAGAGUCAGAUGUAUACCUCGCUAAUCUUUAACUGGAAUGUGACGGAUUUUAGCAACUUUAAAACGUUCCAAUCGACUCUCUUCGUAUUAGCAAUGCUUAUUGGAGUGCCUGUCAUGAGUAAAUUAAUAAGAAUGAAGGACACUUUCAUCGUAAUGAUUGGAGCAAUAGCGCACGCAGCUGGAAGAAUAGUAUUUGUUUUAGCGAACCGGCCGGAAUUAUUUUAUGUGGGUGCUACUGUCGCUGCAUUAGGACCAGUGGUAGCUCCAGUACUCAGAUCUAUGACCUCAAAACUUGUACCUGUAGAGGAACGAGGGAAAAUAUUCGCAAUGCUUUCCGUAUGUGAUAAUGCAGUUCCACUAUUUAGUGGCAUUUUAUAUUCCCAACUUUACAACGCUACAAUAAAAACAGCACCGAACUCUUUUUAUUGGUUGACAUUCGCUACACAGAUUGCCGUGCUUUUAAUAAUUCUAUUGGUUCAGUUUUCAUCCUGGUCUAAGCAUGCAACCGAGCAACAGGAUUACAAUGAUGAUGAGGUUGUGGCUCCAUCUCUUUCAAAUACUAUUGAAGCUAGCUCGUCGAGUAAUGUAACAAACGAAUCUUAGAGAGAUUGUAUCUGCCUUACAUGCAUAAUGCAUACCUCGUCAUUUUAUAAAAAUAAAAUUUGUAAAUAGAUAAUUUACAAAUGUAAUGUCACAAUUUAGAAAUUCAUGAAAUUCCAUUCGCAAUAAGCUCAAACUUAUAUAUUUUCAAGUAUCAAUUAUUGUU